AUGACAUCGAUACAGAGAGACGUCUUUCAAUGCGUGUUGUCUGGGGACUUGGAGAUCAUUAAGGAGCAUUUUGAACGCAAUGAGUCGCAGGAAAUGGAUCCGUGCGGAAUGAAGGACGAGGCCGGGAGGAAUGCCCUGUUAACCGCCUCCAUGUUGGGGAGGAGCGCCAUCGUCCGAGAGCUGGUCGGACACGGGGCCCGGGUGGACGAGCAGACGGUCAGAGGUUACUCCUCGCUGCACUUCGCUGCUUGCUGGGGCCACCUGGAGACCGUGAGGACUCUGCUCGACCUGGGAGCUGACAUGCAGGCCAAGACCUUCAGAGGGGAGCGGCCUGUGGACCUGGCCAGGACCUACUCCAGGACGGACUGCGCUGACUGUCUCAUCCUGGCCGCAGCUAAACAGGAUCUGACUUCAUAUGUAGACUUUGUUAAGGACCUUGUUUCUGACCCAGGGAGGAGCCUUACAAAGCAGGAAAAGAACAUCUGUAUGCGUGCAUGCUCUGCCAAGAUGGACUGGAUCCAGGGUGUCAACAACCCAACGGUCUCAGACUUCACAGCCCAAAUGAGAGACAUCGAGGACACUCUUCGGCCUGUUCUCGACAAGCUGUCAGCUCAGUGUAAGUAUUGCUAACAUUAUUGCACCGCAGUGACUCUCUCCGGAGUAGGAGCCAUCUUUACUACUGAUGACUGAUUUUGAGUUUUAAAAUGUUUGUUUUUUUGUCCAUAAAUCCUCCUGCCACAGAGGCUGAAGUUUCUGCUUUGAAUUUUUACGACUGCAGUUAAUUCUCCUUUUAAGGAA